UCGUUGUUACGUUGACAAAUAGAGCAAUAUUUCUUGAGGACUCAAGCGCGCUCUUGGAAAAGUCUAUAUUUGAAUGAUAGCAGUGCUGGGCGCGCGGGAUGUCAGGGGUGAGUGAUGGUGUCGCGCGCAUCUCCCGCGUGUAAUCUCAUUCGAUCACAGCUCUCGCGCUCAGGUGGGGGACUCUUGGUUAAUCCUGAAGCUCUUACUCCCACCAGCAGGGAAAUCAACCACAGCAGCAUGCUGCGGUCCCCCGCACAGACUCUUUUGACCGCACGUCGAGCAUAAUCCAAAAAACUAUUCUUACUACUUUUUACAUUUUGAAAAACUCACAAAAGCCAUUUCUUACGUAGUCUUUUAGUACUUCUGCAGUUUGCCAAGCCACCGGACCACCGAAGAUGCCCCACCAAGAGCAAGUGAUCGCUCACGGGAACCUCUGCGCCCCGGGUCCUCCAAACAACGCCGGGUACAACAGCAACCCGGGGCCCGUCAUCAUUCAGACAGAAUCCCGCGAUAAAUGGAGCAAAAAAAUGGAUUUUCUUUUAUCAGUUAUUGGGUUUGCGGUAGACCUCGGUAACGUUUGGAGAUUUCCAUAUAUCUGUUAUCAAAACGGCGGUGGUGCAUUUCUUAUUCCUUAUGUCCUGAUGGCUGUAUUCGGUGGGGUGCCACUUUUCUACAUGGAGUUAGCUCUGGGACAGUUUCACAGAACAGGUGCCAUAUCCAUAUGGAAACAUAUUUGCCCGAUUUUUAAAGGUAUUGGUUUCGCCAUCUGCAUCAUUGCACUGUAUGUGUCCUUCUACUAUAACACCAUCAUCGCCUGGGCUCUGUUCUACUUCUACUCCUCGUUCAGCAGCACUCUGCCCUGGACCAGCUGUGAUAAUGAAUGGAACACCGAAAACUGCACUAACUACUUCGGGAAAGAUAACGUAACCUGGACAAACUAUUCACGCUCACCUGCCGAGGAGUUUUACACGAGGAAUGUCUUGGCAGUUCAUGAAUCAUCUGGGCUUGGGAAUGUGGGAUACAUUCGCUGGCAGCUCAUGCUCUGCCUCUUCCUCAUCUUCACCAUUGUCUACUUCAGCCUGUGGAAAGGAGUCAAGACUUCAGGAAAGGUAGUGUGGGUGACUGCCACCCUGCCGUACGUAGUGCUGUUGAUACUUAUGAUCCGUGGUGCCACCUUGCCAGGAGCGUGGAAAGGAGUGGUGUUCUACCUCAAUCCCAAAUGGGAAAAACUGCAGGAGACCAGCGUAUGGGUAGAUGCAGCUGCGCAGAUCUUCUUCUCUCUUGGUCCUGGUUUUGGCGUUCUGCUUGCCCUGUCCAGCUACAAUCCCUUCAACAAUAACUGCUACAGAGAUGCUAUUGUAACCAGUCUGGUGAACUGCCUGACAAGUUUUGUGUCAGGAUUUGUUAUUUUCACUGUCCUGGGAUAUAUGGCUGAACAGAGAAAUGUAAACGUUGAGGACGUAGCCAAGGACAAAGGACCGAGUCUGCUCUUCAUCACAUAUCCAGAAGCCAUCGCAAACAUGGUUGGGUCGACUUUCUUUGCCAUCAUCUUCUUUGUAAUGAUGAUUACGCUUGGAUUGGACAGCACUUUCGGUGGGUUAGAGGCCAUAAUCACGGCUGUAAUGGAUGAGUACCCAGAUGUCCUGUCCCAUCGGAGAGAGCUGUUUGUUCUUGGUCUGGUGGUUGUUUGCUUUCUGGGCUCUCUCAGCACCCUUACUAAAGGUGGUGCAUAUGUGGUAAAGUUACUAGAAGAAUUUGGAGUUGGUUCUUCAAUUAUAGCUGUAGUCUUUCUGGAGGCCACAGCAGUAUCCUGGUUUUAUGGUAUUAACAGAUUCAGCAAUGAUAUCAAGUCAAUGUUGGGAUAUACUCCAGGAUUGUUCUGGAAAGUUUGUUGGGUUGCCAUCAGCCCUGCAUUUCUUGCUUACAUUAUUAUCAGCUCACUGCUGAACCCUCAACCCCUCACGCUAUUCGACUACAAGUUCCCAGACUGGAGCAUCACGGUUGGUUUUGUCAUUGGAGCUUCCUCCUUCAUAUGGAUCCCCAUAUACAUGGUGUACAAGCUCGUGUGGACCCCAGGCUCUCUUAAACAGCGCCUUGCUGUAUGUCUGCGACCGGAGAGAACACUGCCAGAUAUCCACGCUGACAGUAUGGGGUUAAGUCCUGUACCUUAGACCACUGAGAGAAAAACACAAUGUGCAUAAAAAGGCCACAUAUAGUGGGUUACAUGUGUCCACAGCAAACUAAGAGUUUAUUAUAAGGGUAAAGAGCAACUUUGGCAUAGUUUCAGGGAUUUGUCCAUUUGAAAUCACCAAUCAAGAAUGAUCUAUUUGAAAGUGAUGUACAAUUAGAUUUAAUAUAAAAAAAUGAAAACUCAUGUUCACUUUAAGUUAAAGUCCCUUAUUUAACAUGCUGUGCAAUUUACAAAUGGUUGAUGUUCUUUUUUUAAUUUAAGGUUUACGUAUAAAAUGAAGAGUUCAGUGGUAUUUUUUACAUUGUAAGUCAUAUAUACAUUCCAGGUCACAGAACGUUUUUUGACAUACAUGCAAGUGAGAUUACCUCAUUGUGAGAAAUUCAGCCAAUGAGAAAAUGAGAACAGAGAACUUCAUAUACAUUUCUCGCUCAUUUUUUUUUUUUUUUUUUUUUUUUAAGAAAUAACUAUUGUCAAGAUUUAAUCAUUAUGGUGUUUUCUGCCUUAACUCUGCCUAAAUAUUGUAGCUACUUUAUGUCAAAACUUUGUUAAACCUGUAUUGAUAUUGUGCCUCACCAAGAAAAGGAAAAAUGACAAAAAUAAGGUUUUUUUCUGUUCCUCAUUUGGAACUAACACUACAUGACUGUUUGAAAUGUUCAUUCUCUAACAGAAUUUGAGCCCAAAUCCUAGCUAUGUGUAACGUGUUAAUUUUCUUCCCCCAUUUUUUCCAAAUAAAGAACUGAGGAUGUUACUGAACUCUGGAUGGGACCAAAUACUAAAUUGCUAUGAAUGUCUUAUUAUGGAUAGUUGAAAAUGUGGUUCAUAUACUAUGUCUGCACUGUAGGUUGUGGCAGAGAGUUUUGCUUGUAUAUAUGUCUGAAAAAAAAUAAUAAAGCUGUACUGAAUAUUCGUAUCUACCCAUCCAGUACUAUGGAUUUGUAUGUGAUUCCCACC